UUAACCUCUCCAUCCGACCAGACAUCAGCACAGCAUGGGAAUCAACGGGCUAGAUAAUCAAGCGCAGCCGUCCAGCGGAGGGUCCCGGACGGAGGAGCCAGAUUCUCAGACGGAGCAAAGAGAGGCUCCCCAAGAAGCAGACCGGAGCAAGGCUGACCAGGCGGCAGGCAGCGAGUGUAAAAUCGUGCAGGAGGACAGCACCGUGCAGCUGAUCGAGGCCGGGAGCAAGCCGCCCCUCUCCCCGGCUUCUACAUCUGAAGCGGUUGUCCAGGUGGAAGAGCAUGGCCACGGACCCGCAUUCGUCCCACCAGAAGGAGGUUUCGGCUGGCUGGUGGUUUUUGCAGCAACCUGGUGCAAUGGGUCGAUCUUCGGCAUUCAAAACUCUUUCGGCAUCCUGCAUAUGAUGCUGAUGAAGGAGCAUGUAGACCCAGACGACCAGACGUCUCAGUUCAAAGUGGCAUGGGUUGGGGCCCUGGCCAUGGGCAUGAUCUUCUUCUGUUCACCGGUGGUCAGCAUGUUCACAGACCGCUUCGGCUGUAGGAAGACAGCUGUCAGCGGGGCAGUGGUGGCUUUUAUAGGGCUGCUCAGUACAUCCUUUGCAAACUCCUUGAGCCUUCGCUAUUUCACAUAUGGGAUACUGUUCGGCUGUGGCUCCUCAUUCGCCUUCCAGCCCUCGUUGGUCAUCCUCGGCCACUACUUCCGCCAGCGCCUGGGCCUGGCCAACGGUGUGGUGACGGCCGGUGCCAGCCUCUUCUCCAUGGGCCUCCCGGUUUUUCUCAACAAGGUAGUGGAACCCCUGGGCCUCAGCAGGACCUUCCAGAUCCUCAGCCUCUUCAUGCUGGUCCAGGCCCUGCUGGCGCUGAUGUUCAAACCUUUACUCCCUGCUGGAGGAGGCAUGGGACCCCCAGGCAUGGGUCCUGGCCCUGCCAAACCCCAAACCCAGCCAGGGUCCACCGCUCAGGAGGGGAGCAGGUGGAGCAGGGUCCUGGAUGGGGUCAAGAAGUACUUCAACCUGCGUGUGUUUCACAUCGUGACAUACCGGGUGUGGGCGUUUGGAGUAGCCACAGCUGUACUGGGCUAUUUCGUGCCAUAUGUCCAUCUGAUGAAUUUUGUGAAGGAGCAGUUCAAGGGGACCCAGAAGGAAUGGGUACUCCUGGUUUGCAUAGGAGCUUCAUCUGGGGUGGGACGCCUCGCUUUCGGGAAGCUCGGAGACCUCAUUCCUGGUCUUCAAAAGAUCUACAUGCAGGUGGUGUCCUUCAUGGCUCUGGGCCUGAUGUCCAUGAUGAUCCCUCAGUGCUUGGCGUUCGAGGGGCUGGUGGUUGUGUGCGUGUUCCUGGGGCUGUGUGACGGCUGCUUCCUGACCAUGAUGGCUCCCAUAGCGUUUGAGCUGGUCGGGCCCAUGCAGGCUUCGCAGGCCAUAGGCUACCUUCUAGGUCUCAUGUCUCUUCCCAUGACUGCGGGUCCACCCAUCGCUGGUCUCCUACACGAUUACUUUGGGAACUACACGGUGGCCUUCUCCCUGGCUGGGGUGCCUCCUAUAGUGGGGGGUGUGGUGCUGUUCUUUGUUCCCCUGAUACACCGCCGGCUCCAGGCAGCGGCGUCACCAGAGGAGACGUCCACAACUGCCCACAUGCUGCCCACCGCCCCACCAGUGGGGGAGCCCAAGAGCUGCUCCAAUGGAGACAUCCUGCCUGGCUAUACUGACGUAGAGACACACAUCUGAGUCGCACUGAACAAAGGGAUUCAGCCUACCAGCACCUUUUUCUUCAUCCUUAGAUUUCCCUCCUCUCAACCAUGGACUUCCUGCUGGCUGACCUUUAACCCUCUCACCCUCCUGGACUCUCAUGGGCUGUUUGUUAUUUUCAUGUGGAGAGAAAUUGAAAAGGGCGCUCUGGCUACAAGCCACAGAGGGGACAAAAGAAGGCCUGUCAGCGUAGGAUGAUGGGAAUGUAUAUGGAGGAUAAGCACAACACAGUCUCAACAAGGAUUGUUUAAUCAGUGGGGACUCUGUAGUAACAAAUACCUCCAAGAGGAAAGAAAUGAAGAGAUUUUAACCGACCGCAUUAAUUUUGCUACUUUGAAAAGAAAUACAAUGCUUUGUUUCUAGAUUCAUAUAAACAGAUUGAGAUAAGAGGCAUUUAAGAAUUGGUGAAGGGAUAAAUUCACACUUUCUUUAUGUAGCACCUCAUGCAUCUACAUUUCUUAACACAAUGCAUUUUAUUUAGUUUGUGUAGCUUGGGUGAUUUGCUUUAUUCUCUUCUGCUGUUUUCUGCUGUGACAGAUAGAAGAGAAACCUGUUAAAGGUCCCAUGACAUGGUGCUCUUUGGAUGCUUUUAUAUAGGCCUUAGUGGUCCCCUAAUACUGUAUCUGAAGUCUCUUUCCCGAAAUUCAGCCUUGGUGAAGAA